AUGGCAUCCUCCAGCGUGGCUCGGUCCAACACCAUCCAGACGGUGCGGGACUACGUCACGCGGAUGUGCACCGACGUGCCCGGCAUGAAGGUACUCGUGAUGGACGCAGAGACGACCGGCGUCGUAUCGAUGGUGUUUACGCAGACGCAGGUCCUGCAGCACGAGGUCUUCAUGACCGACACGAUCGAGCGGCAGGCGGGAGAGAAGAUGCCCCAUCUCAAGGCGUGCUACUUUGUGCGGCCGACCGCCGAGAACCUGCGCCGCAUCCAGUCGGAGCUGCGCGAGCCUCGGUUUGGCGAGUACCACCUCUUCUUCUCAAACACGACGCGCGACGGGAUGAUCCAGCAGCUGGCGGAGGCGGACGAGCACGAGGUGGUGCAGCAGGUGCACGAGUACUUCGCCGACUACCUCCCCGUCACCCCCGACCUCUUCCACCUCAACGUCGGCUCGAUCGCCGGCCUGUCUGGCAGCGUGUGGGAGCAGGCCGUCUUCGACCGGCUGCACCAGGGCGUGUGCUCGCUGCUGCUCUCGCUCAAGAAGCGGCCGCAGAUCCGCUACCAGCGCAGCUCCGAGGUCGCCCAGCGGGUCGCCGAGACCGUCCUCGGCACAAUGGACGCGGACCCGGACCUGUUUGCGUUCCGGCGGCCGGAUGUGCCGCCGCUGCUGCUGAUUGUCGACCGGAGGGACGACCCGGUGACGCCGCUGCUGAGCCAGUGGACGUACCAGGCGAUGGUGCACGAGCUGGUCGGCAUCUCCAACAACCGCGUCGACUUGCGCGGCGCGCCAGGCGUGGACAAGGAGCUGCAGCAGCUGGUGCUCUCUGCCGACCAGGACGCCUUCUUCGCGGACAAUAUGCUCCUCAACUACGGCGACCUCGCCGAGAACGUCAAGGGCCUGCUCGACGCCUUCCAGGCAAAGACAAAGUCGACAAAGAACAUCGGCUCCAUCGCCGACAUGCAGCAGUUUGUCGAGGCGUACCCGCAGUUCAAGAAGCUGUCGGGCGACGUCUCCAAGCACGUCACCCUGCUCGGCGAGAUCAACCGGCUCGUCGAGUCGCAGCAGCUGAUGGAGGUCUCGCAAGUCGAGCAGGAGCUCGCCUGCACCGAGGACCACUCCUCCGCCGUCACAGAGGUGCUCGCGCUCCUGCGCAAGCCGUCGAUCGCCGACCAGAACAAGCUGCGCCUCGUGCUGCUCUACGCGCUGCGGUACGAGAAGGAGCCCUCGAACCGCAUCGACACCUUUUGCGACAUGCUCGGCGCGGACGCGCGGCAGGCCGUCUCGCAGAUGCUGGCCCACUGCGGCGCGGCCGUGCGCAGCGGCGACCUCUUCUCCAACAAGACAUGGCUCGCGGCGACCAAGAAGAGCCUGCAGCGGAACAUCAAGGGCGUGCAAAACGUCUACACGCAGCACUCGCCCUACCUCGCGCAGACCCUCGACGCGCUGCUCAAGGGCACCCUCACCGAGACUCAGUACCCGCACCUCGGCAGCGAGCCGCCGACGGCCGGCGCGAAGCGGAGAGCGCCCGUCGAGGUGAUCGUCUUCAUGGUGGGCGGCGUCACGUACGAGGAGUCGCGCUACGUCUCCGAGAUGAACACAGCCAACCCCGGCGUGCGCGUGCUGCUCGGAGGGACCACGAUCCACAACUCCGCCUCCUUCCUCGAGGAGGUGAAGCGGCUGCCCUCGGCGGGCGGCGCGCCGACGCCGCAGCCGAUGCAGCAGCCGGGGCUGGACUCGCUCACCGGGGGGCUGUCGGGGCUCGGCAUCGCCGCGCCGAGCAUCGACUCGAAGCGCAUCAAAGCGCUCACCUCGACCAUGUCCUCCUCGCUGCAGUCGGGGGUCUCCACGCUGGCGAGCAAGAUCCAGUAA